AUCCCCGACUCCCGCCCGCCGCUCCGCCCGCCGCGCACCUCCGUCCGCCGAUAGUCCGGCUCCAGCCGCCGCCGCCGCACCGAGCGGCGGCAUGGAGGCGCUCACCACCCAGCUGGGGCCGGGGCGUGAGGGAAGCGCUUCGCCCAACUCCAAACAGGAGCUGCAGCCCUACUCGGGCUCCAGCGCGCUCAAGCCCAACCAGGUGGGCGAGACGUCGCUGUACGGAGUGCCUAUCGUGUCCCUGGUCAUCGACGGCCAGGAGCGCCUGUGCCUGGCGCAGAUCUCCAACACCCUGCUCAAGAACUACAGCUACAAUGAGAUCCACAACCGCCGCGUGGCCCUGGGCAUCACGUGCGUCCAGUGCACGCCGGUGCAGCUGGAGAUCCUGCGGCGGGCAGGGGCCAUGCCCAUCUCGUCGCGCCGCUGCGGCAUGAUCACGAAGCGCGAGGCCGAGCGCCUGUGCAAGUCGUUCCUGGGCGAGCACAAGCCGCCCAAGCUGCCGGAGAACUUCGCCUUCGACGUGGUGCACGAGUGCGCCUGGGGGUCGCGCGGCAGCUUCAUCCCCGCGCGCUACAACAGCUCGCGCGCCAAGUGCAUCAAGUGCGGCUACUGCAGCAUGUACUUCUCCCCGAACAAGUUCAUCUUCCACUCGCACCGCACGCCCGAGGCCAAGUACACGCAGCCCGACGCCGCCAACUUCAACUCGUGGCGCCGGCACCUCAAGCUCAGCGACAAGUCGGCCACCGACGAGCUCAGCCACGCCUGGGAGGACGUCAAGGCCAUGUUCAACGGCGGCACGCGCAAGCGGACCUUCUCCUUGCAAGGCGGCGGCGGCGCCAGCGGCGGCGGCUCGGGCGGGCCGGGCAAGGGCGCGGGCGGCAGCGGCGCGGGCGCGGGGGGCCCCGAGCUGACCCCCGGCCCGCCGCCCCACAAGAGCCUGCGCUGCGGCGGCGGCGACGACGAGGCCGCCGGGCCUCCCGGGCCGCCGCCCCCGCACCCGCCGCGGGGACUCGGACUGGCGGCCGGCGGCACCGGCGGCCCUGCCGGCCCGGGCGGGCCUAGCGGCGGCGCGGCCGUGCGCAGCUACCCGGUCAUCCCCGUGCCCAGCAAGGGCUUCGGCCUCUUGCAGAAGCUGCCCCCUCCGCUCUUCCCUCACCCCUACGGCUUCCCCACGGCCUUCGGCCUCUGCCCCAAGAAGGACGACCCGGUGCUGGGCGCGGGCGAGCCCAAGGGAGGCCCCGGCACCGCGAGCGGCGCGGCCACGGCCGCGGGCACCGGCGCGGGGGGGCCCGGAGGCGGCCACUUGCCUCCCGGGCCCGGGGCCGGCCCGGGCGGCGGGGCCAUGUUCUGGGGCCAUCAGCCCUCCGGGGCAGCCAAAGACGCGGCCGCCGUGGCCGCCGCGGCCGCGGCCGCCACCGUGUACCCGACGUUCCCCAUGUUCUGGCCGGCGGCGGGCAGUCUCCCGGUGCCGCCCUACCCCGCCGCGCAGAGCCAGGCCAAGGCGGUGGCGGCGGCCGUGGCGGCGGCCGCGGCGGCGGCUGCGGUGGCGGCCGGCGGUGCGGGCGGCCCGGAGCCCCUGGACGGCGCCGAGCCGGCCAAGGAGGGCGGCCUGGGCGCCGAGGAGCGCUGCCCGAGCGCGCUGUCCCGCGGGCCGCUGGACGAGGACGGCGGGGACGAGGCGCUGCCGCCCGCGCUGGCCCCGCUGCCCCCGCCGCCGCCGCCGCCGCCCGCGCGCAAAGGCUCCUACGUGUCGGCCUUCCGGCCGGUGGUCAAGGACGCCGAGAGCAUCGCCAAGCUGUACGGCAGCGCGCGGGACGCCUACGGCGCGGGGCCCGCGCGCUCCGGGGCCGGGGCCGGCUACGUGAGCCCGGACUUCCUGAGCGAGGGCAGCUCCAGCUACCACUCCGCCUCGCCCGACGUGGACACUGCGGACGAGCCCGAGGUGGACGUGGAGUCCAACCGCUUCCCCGACGACGAGGGCGCCCAGGACGACGUCGAGCCCGGCGCGCCCGGCCCGGCGAGCGCUGCUGCGGACGGCGACCUGUCCGCGGGACCCCCGUCCGCCGCGUCCUCAGGCGUGGUGGACGGCUCCACGGACUCGCCCGACGGCGGCAGCCCGCACCCCCGACGCCGAGCCGGGCUGCCCCCGGCCGGCCGCUCUUCGUUUGCGGAUCUAGCUGCCGACGACGUGGUGCGGAGACCGGAGAGGAGCCCGCCUGGCGGCUGCUACGAGCUGCGGGAACCCUGCGGUCCUUUAGGGGGUUCUGCGCCGGCCAAGGUGUACGCGCCCGAGCGGGACGAGCACGUCAAGAGCGCGGCCGCAGCGCUGGGGCCUGUGGCCUCCUACCUCUGCACUCCCGAGGCCCAUGAGCCAGAUAAGGAAGACAAUCACUCGACCACCGAUGAUUUGGAACCCAGGAAAUCCUACCCAGACCAAAGGAGUAUCUCACAGCCAAGCCCCGCAAAUACUGACCGAGGUGAAGAUGGGCUCACUCUGGAUGUCACAGGAACGCAGCUGGUGGAGAAAGACAUUGAGAACCUGGCCAGAGACGAAUUGCAAAAACUUCUCCUAGAGCAAAUGGAGCUCCGAAAGAAGCUGGAGCGGGAAUUUCAGAGUCUCAAAGAUAAUUUUCAGGAUCAAAUGAAGAGGGAAUUGGCUUAUCGAGAAGAAAUGGUGCAACAGCUGCAAAUUGUCAGAGACACUCUGUGCAAUGAACUGGAUCAGGAGCGGAAGGCACGCUACGCCAUCCAGCAGAAGUUAAAAGAAGCCCACGACGCUCUCCACCACUUCUCCUGCAAGAUGCUGACCCCUCGCCACUGCACCGGCAACUGCUCCUUCAAGCCCCCGCUAUUGCCCUAGGCCGGCUCGAGCCCACGCGCCCUCAAGUCAUGCUGCUGUCUCGUUGCAAAGACCCCGGCCGCGGCGGCCCCGAGCGAGGAACAAGCCAUUCGGACCCGAUCAUUGUACAGAAAGCCCGGCCCUGACCGUCCUCUGCCG